GGUUAAACGGCGAGGAAGAGUUGCGUGAAACAAAAAUCACAACGCAUCUCCCCUUCUUCAAGGGUUUUAACUCUCACCCAAGAACACACCAAAGUACCAAACCCUAAGGUUUGCCAAAUCGAAAUCGAAGCCUUCAGAUUCAAGCAUGGAGCGAUUCAAUCUUCUACAGGGCAGUGGUUCGUUUAACGAUCCUACGAUGCAGAAUGAUCGUAUGGUGCAGAUGAAAAGUGGGGGGAAACAGUUGGGAAACGAAGAGAAGAAGGCUGCAGUUCAUGAAGAAAUCAAGAAAGUGAACCAGCUUCCUGCACAUAGCAGUUAUGCGACUCAUCGAAUGCGGGUUCUUAAUAAAAUUCUCCAGCUUUUGUCUGUUCAGAGGACCGUAUCACAAGAUGAGGAGCUAGAGUUGCUUUUUGCAGGGCUUUCAAUCUGAACAUAUUUGUUUAGCCGGCCAAGCAUUGGUCAGUUAGCUAAAUAUGUCUCACGAUGCUUACGAUGUAAUCACAUGCACACAGAAACCGUUUGCUGACAUAAACAGUUGUUAUGGUUCUUACUACACUCGGUAGUUUUUGUAUACUUAAUUGCAGCUCGUAAUAUUGUACUCGGCUUUGGUUUUAUGGUAACGAAAUGGCUUAGCUUGUGGAGGGCUGAACAUUGCCAACACUUGCUGGUGAAUGUAGAAUAUGGUGGAAGUUUGGUUUGGAAGUGUGAAUGCUGUAUAAUAUUUGUAACAAGUUACUUUUGGUUUUUUAUGA